AUGGAGGUGUAUUAUGGAAUCAACACUGAAAACAGGGAUAAUACUAUCUGGUCAACCCGAAGACUAUAUCUUCGUCUCUUAGAAACCUUCCCCAAAUUUGUCCACGACUUCCAAGCGAAGUGGAACGACUGGCAUCAAGCUAUCUCGGCUGACGACUCAUCAACAUGGUCGUCAGUCCCUUCCUUCACAGCCCUCACCGCACUCGGUCCCCAGAUCAUACCUCUCGUCGUCUACCAGUUGGCUCUUGACCAAAACGACAAGACGGCCGUACAUCUCUACUUAGCCCUGGGACCUGACAGCUCCUACCUACUUGACGUUCUCGAAAAUGAAAAUUCCCCUGGGUUGCAGAUCUUGCGCGCCUCCUUCGACCGCAACAGGGCGGUACGCAACGCUCUCGCCGACUGGGCCGAAUAUUGCGAGCGAGUUUCCCGCCACAGCUCGUCAAGCAUAUAUACCGAGUGUGCUGAGUAUGAGACCUUGGUCAACUUUGGGGAGAGUAUUAUCCCGCAUGUAAUGUUGCAAUAUGCGAACGAUAUCAAAGUCCAGAUUGAACCAAAUGCGGUCUCACGUGCGAGUGGUAUUGGCCGGGGUGUGCUGUUCUGGUAUGAGCUGCUUCAUGAGCUGGUGUGGGGCUGUAAGACGGGGGGGCAGACGUGGGUGUUUGAGGAUGUGUAUAAUCGGUGGGAGGGGUGGUUUCAGGGGGGAAGUGGUGUUGGAGGGGCGCCUAGGUAUCGUGGGUAG